AUGUCCUUGGGUCACCCAGUCCACCUAUUAUCGUGUCUUUCCACUUAUUAUCUCGCCCAGUCCACCUGCUAUGUCUUCGAGUCGCCCAGUCAACCUACACUGUCUUCGAGUCACCCAGUCCACCUAUUAUGUCUUCGAGUCAUCCAGUCCACCUACUAUGUCUUCGAGUCACCCAGUCCACCUACUAUGUCUUCGAGUCACCCAUUCCACCUACUAUGUAAAUUUGUGACGUUUAUGGAAAAUGUUGUUGGCAACGCUAGUCGCCAUCGGGUGGCCUUUAGGUCAUCGACGGCCACUACAAGUAUCUGCAACGUUUGUAGAUCAUUCUUGACUAUAUGGCUGACCUCGUUUCUUGGAGCUUUCCCUAUGUUGUUUAUCACUCAGUUUACACAAGCAACAUAUGUUGACGAAAACCCACUCUUUCAUUCCCUGGUAAUCCUGCAUAUCCCGGACAGUAUGCUCUUUAACUUAUACUUACUUACUGUUUGCCAGGUUUAUAUGAAAUUGAUGAUGCUGUUCAGAAGAGAGCAAGAGAUGUCUUUGAACUAUCCAGGAGAGAUCGUUCGGCUAAAGCGGCAGAUGACCCAGAUUAUCAUCACUGUAGUUCUUGUUUUCUUCAUUUGUCACACGCCUUUCAGAACCAUUGCCUUAUGGAGCAUGUUCUCACCGCCUCAUGCUGCUGAAGGCAUCGACUUCAUCACUUACAUAACCAUGAUCUACAUGACCAGAAUACUGUGGUACUCCAAUCAUGCAAUCAACCCUUUUGUCUACAACUUUGUUUCAAGAAAAUUUCGCCGUGCCCUUAUCUGGCUGUGCUGCGAGAAGCGACGAAAACAUGCUCGAUUGGAGGAGUUGAGAGAUUUGGUUUGUGCUCAUUUUUUUUUUUUUUUUCACUUUCUCAGGAUGGAUUCUCUGAAGCAACACCGUCAAAGCACCGCUGGACGCCUGUACGACAUCGACAACAAUAUCAGAGACAAAGAGCGAGAGGAUCAAGAGACCAUGGACAGACAUAGUCACUUUCUGAGGAAUGACUUUCUAGUGUUGUAUGAGCAUCUUCUUCUUGAAUGA